GCAGACGACAGAAGAAUAGGUGAGCAGCCCCCUACCCUCGCCACAACGACCGAACACUCUCAUUCUCUCCGCCUCGCCGCAGCCACCGGAGCAGCGACCUCGACCGGAUCGACGACCCCGACGAGCGGCGGAGGAGCAGUCGGAUAUGGCGCGGUUCGACCCGUGGCCGGUGUUCUUCCGGAGGGAGUGGGCCCGCACCUGGCCCUUCCUGGCGGGCUUCGCCGUCACCGGCGCCCUCGUCACCAAGCUCACCGCUGGGUUCACCGAGGAGGACCUCAGGGCCUCCAAGUUCGUCCAGGCGCACAGGCGCUGAGCCCCUCACCUCAGCUCAGGCUGGGACGAAGGAAUGGCUCCCGCAAUUUUCACUGAAUUAGUCCCAUCGACGUGUUUGACAGCUUUUUUUGUAUGUCAUUCGAAUGAACUCGCUGAAUGCAAGCCAUAGCAUACCCAAGUUUCUGUUGUAAUUUUUUGUAAUAAGAGGUUUCUAAAUGCCUAAACCAAGAAAUUAAAUUCCAGCUUCUCAAGA